UUCAUCAGAUAAUCAAUUUUCAAUUCCCUUUUUUCCUUAAUUUUUUUUUGAUAUGCAAGAUUACGCUCAACAAGAAAGUGAUUUUCAAGCUGGAAUUCCACCGCGUCUAAUUUCAAUAUUUUAUUCAGUAUUUGAUCUCAAUAAAGGGCCAAAGGUAGUAUUUGAAGUACCAGAAGGUUCCAUAAUAUCCACAGGACUGUCAACAUCGAUCAUAGAUUUUGAUUCAAUUUCGGAGUAUAUUAUACCAAAACAACAAUUAUGCGGACAUUUAGUUAGUAUAUGUACUGAAUCAUAUAAAAUUAUGGGAUUCCCGGUGUAUAUAGAAGAUGAUAAGUAUGAGAGGAAUGCAUUUAUGUUUAAUUUAAGUUUUGUAUUUGACCGUGAUGCCGAUACUUCGAGUUAUGAACCUGUUGUAAGAAAAGUUGCGAGAGUUCUAACUUCUUUAGAAACUGAAAAUGAGUUUUUGUCAAAUGAAGCUACAAAGGAUGUUAUGUACAAUAUUAUCGAACAACUUCUUGAGGAUCUUAAUAGCUACUGCGAAUGCCAAAUCCCGAUCAACUCUGCAAAUACAAUUAAUUUAAAAUUAUUUCCAACUUAUCGUAAUCCUCCGCCAGUUUAUGAUUAUCAAGUGCCAAUUUGCACAGUUAAUCUUAAAGCAUUGAUGGAUGACAAUUGGGAUAUUACGAUGAAAAAGAUAGCGAUGCAUAUAAAUGGCAUACAUCAUGUUAAAAAAAUAGCAGAAAUGGCGGAUGUGGAUUAUGGACUUGCUAGAAAAUGCAUGGAACAUUUGUUGUAUUAUGGAUGUGUUAUCAUGAUUGAUAUUUUCCAGUUUUCAAAUGUAUAUGCCGUAAAACCAGAUAUUAUGAGAAUAAUUGAGGAUGAAACAGUUCAGAGCGAAUGUUUAUCAUAUGUGAAAAAACCUGGCACGACACCACCUUCGUUUGCCAAAUUAUUUUCUCUAUACUGUUCAUUAAAACAUGGAUCUACACUCAAAGAAUGGGUUCAGGAUAAUCAAGUUGAGUCUCUGAAUAUAGACAUAAGACGUUUCAUAUCCUUUGGUGUAAUCAAAGGGUUUUUAUAUCGAGUUCACAAAUAUCCAAUAUUACCUGAACCACAUAACCAACAAAGUGAAUUACCAUCUCGACUGCGAAAAUUACUUAAUGGGAAGCAUCAUUAUGAUGAGAUCUGUACAAUGGAGGGUUGUAGUGCCCGUAAACUAGAUGAAAUUCUUGCUGCUGAGCCUGAAGUCAAAUUUAUUUGGAGAUAAUUAAACUAAUUUUUAUAUUUAUGGUAAUGAGAUAUUUUAGCUAUUUAAUUCUUAAGAUGAUUGGUAAGUAUCAAAGUAAAUAAUGGGUAUUAAUUACUAACUUAAAAUUACUAAUAACAUUAAAAUGAAAUACAUUUAUAAACGCGGUUAUAUAUUAUCACCUAAUUUAAUAUCAUGUAAUUUACUCAAAAAAAAAACCAUAAUAAUAAAUAUU